AUGGCCGACGCCCACGGGGCGCCCCGGAGCGCAUCCAGCAGAGACAGUAGCCCUGUUACGGUGCGACACGCAUCGUCCACUUCGAUAUCCUCGAUACCCACCCUCCGGAAACAAGCAUCGGCCACCUUCGCUCCCUCUGAGAGCCCUCGCUCAUCCAGGAACCCGUCGCCAGUGCGCUCCGUCAUGCGCCAACACGGUACUCCACCAACUUCAGCCGUACAGAGCAGGACUGGUGCUUUGAGGUCCCGCCAGAGCAGUCAUGAUACCAGCCCUCACCGUACUCCGGCCUUGUCUACACCCACCUCGGUGCCUUCGGCCGCUGCCAUCCAACGUGCUCUCUCAGCAGCAACCAUCCCUCAACUCCAGCAGUCGCAACAGGCUCAAUCGCCCAACUCUGUUACUGAUGCUGUGACCCGACUCACCGCGCAAAACGUCCUCUCGCCACUGCCUCUGGCGAGAGCACUCCAACCUUUGAACGAGGCGCAUUCUGAGGACGACGGCCCUCCGACUGUUCGUGGUAAACCAAAAGAUAACAAUGGAGAGGCAUCUUCCAAACUCGCAGAAAGCGAGAGUGACGCUAACAUGAGUGACGAUCGAGGUCGCAGAACCAGCCAGAGCUCGAAUAUACGUCCCAAGAAUGUUACCGCUCUCAAAUCGAUAUAUCCCGGUCUCGGUUCUGGCAAAUCACGCGCCUCUGAAGGUACUCGAAACAUGACUGUUGAGACAGAAACCGUCAGUUCUAUCCCGCAGUCGCAGAUUGCCACCAUCGACCGAUCUACCUUGGGCAGACCCGACCUAGGAGGUUCUCUUCGCAUGAAGCCCAGCACUGAAACGAUACGACCGAGAAAGGAGAGAAAGCGAACGACGCGCAAGGCGCCCUCGAUUAACAACGGAACGGCCUCUUCCAAGGCCGAUAUAUUCGAGGCCAGAGUUGCAAACGCCGUCGAUGAAGCCAACUCGUCAGAUUCGGACGAGACGUUCGUAUACGAAUCAAAUCCGCCAGAGGCACAGCACAGGGCUAGUCGACACCACUCGCGUACACCUAGCGGAACAUCCCUCCAUAGCCAGAGCGACUUCCGCCAUGGAAUGCGACCUUACGGCGAUCAUCGUGUUGCAGGCAAGCGGAGCAUGAAAUUCUCUAACAAUCCUUAUAGCGUUCUGGACAGCCCUGAAGCUAUGGGCGAUGGCACUGUUCGGGCCCACCAUGCCAGGCAUAUUGGUAGAUUCGGCCGUCCCGGCGGCAGCAGUCGAGCUUCUCUAUACGACCCAGACUCGCCUUUCACUCAAGCCUCCAAGCUGCGCAGCACCACAUUGUCCGUUUCAGAGCGAGCAUCCUCCCGGCCCGGUACACCACGUAGUGUACAGAGCGGUCAGCACCGACCUUCCGGCCUGUUUGGCAAGAAGAUGGACAAUUCGCAAUAUGACUUCGAAGGAGAAGGUGCAGACGACGAGCGCACACCCAUGCUGGGCAGCGUCCGAACACCGAGAAGCCAGCGAAACUAUGGCAGACGCUUGAACAGCGACAAUAGCAUGCGCUCAAUUGACUACUACGGCGUUAGAGAACCCCGAUCACGAUUCAGCAGAGUUGGAGGGUUCAUCUUGGGCCUUCUGGUGGUCAUGAUGGUGACAAUGGGUGCUGUGGGGUUGCUGGUCAUGUUCAACAAGCCUUUGACCAAUUUCCAUGUGGAUAAGAUCCAGAACGUCCUGGCAAGCGAGCAAGAGAUUAUGUUGGACUUGUUGGUCGGAGCCGUCAAUCCGAAUAUCCUGAGCGUGACUGUGACGGAUAUGGAUGUUAACAUAUUUGCGAAAAGCAAGUAUGUCAAUCCUAUUGGAAGAGACGACGGUGUUCUACCAGCAACAGCUCAGCGAAGACGUCAGGCUGCCCAUGGAGAGGCUGGAGGUACCCCAUGGCAAGACGAGCACGGCCAUUGGCACGCAGGCUCGGGUGUAGACAAAGGCACGGAUCCCAUCGAAGGCGACUCGCAAACGAUGCUCCUCGGCAGAAUCCUACACUUCGACCAAGCGCUGUGCUUUGAAGGAUCGCCAAUCAAACGGCACACCCACUAUUCACUAGGCGAGCUUCGUCUUGGAUAUCCUGGCAAUAAAACCGAAAGUGGCGGAUCAGAGCGCUGGGAAAGAGUGCUCCAACAACCUUUUGAACUGAUACUUCGAGGAGUGCUCAGGUAUCAGCUGCCGAUGAGUAAUCGACGUCAAACAGCAGCCAUCGGUGCUAGUGUAGUAGUGCACCCAGAAGACCCGAUAGACAGUCACGGCCGCAUGCGUCUAGAAGAGGUGGACCACAGCGAGGAGUGGCAGUGGAUAGAAGCUGAUGAUUUGGAGAGCGUCGAGGCAUUCAUGACAGAGCUGCAUUAA